AUGGCCGCCUCCGGAGGGCGGAACCGAGAUCCUGAACUUAAAAACUUUAUUGCCAAAAUCAGGCAGUACAUAGCCCAUGGUGAUUCUGACAAACUUUUCAGUGAUGACAAUUUUAUUCUUGAUCUGUUGAAGGUUGUGUAUGAAGACAGUGUUGACCAAGUUAUAAAAACAGAAUUGGUUUUAUCCUUAGAAGAAUAUGGAUAUUCAGCAUUAACUCCUUCAAGUGCAGAACAAGUUGUUUCCUCUUUACUAGAUGUUUUUAAUCAGAAUGUAAAUAGAGAAGAUACACAUAAUUUCUGUAUUCAGCUAUUGAUAACUUUAACAUCUAUUGUUCUUCUUAAGAAGUUGUUGAUUAAAACUAUAGGGGAGAAUGUGAUAAAGAGACUAUUUGAAGUAAUCAGUAAAGUUAAUCAUGUACCAAGUAGAAGAAUAAGAGGCUGUUGCUGUCAAUGUUUAAACCAAAUAGAACAAUUUUAUUCUGGAACAUUAGUAAAAUAUAAAGAUGAUAUUGAGAAGUUUUCAAGACAAGAAAAAACCUAUGUUCAUCAGGACUAUUCCACAUUACUUUGUACUGUUCUGGAAUCUUGUAACAGUGAAAGAGAAACAAGUCCUCAAAGCAGCACAGAAAAGGAAUUGCUACCAACAGUAUCAUAUAUCAUGGAAAAUAUUGCAUUAAUGACACCUGUUGGAUUGUGGUCUAUAGUCCUACCAUUGGUAGAAGUGAUAAAACAUAAUACGUCUAUAUCUCCUAUUAUAUUCAAACCAUUUAUGUUACAUCACAUGGCAACCUUUGAUCCUGUGAUAUUUCAUAUUGUAUUGUACCUACAGAAAGAAUUUAAAGGAGAAAUAUUGAGCACUGAAGAAGAACAUAAAUUACUACAUAGAUUAAUACUUGGUAUUAAUUACCCUUCAUUAAGUCCUGCACAACGAUUGUUAAACAUACAGUGGUUAAAAGCAUACAAUCAGGAUUCAGAUGAGAAUGGUAAUAAAAAGCUUCCAGAUUUUGUUUGUCAAAAUUUCCAACAAGAAUUUUAUCCAUCAGUGUUUGACAGUCUGGAGUUAAAAUUUGGAAAACUCUCAUUGUUAUGUAGAAGUAAAACAGAAGAUCAAGGUGAUGAUUUUAACAAUAAUUUGAUAAAACAGACUCAGGAAAUACAGCAACUUACAGAAACAACUGGUAGACAUAAACCAGCUUUAGCUUUAUAUAAAGCUUUUUACUUGUUCUACAGCCAACAUCCUUCACAAUAUCUAGUACAAACUAUACAAGGAAUUACCCAUAAAUUACUUGGAAGAUAUCCUGCCUUAAUUCCAUUAGUUUUAGAUUUUUUACGCUGCAUCAGAGAGUCAAAUCCAGAUAGUUCAGUAUAUAUGGAUAUACUAUCUACCUUACAUCAGUCAGUAUUAUCCAUAUCUUAUCAAGAUGUUUUCAAUCAGUAUUUGUUUUAUUUACAAGUCUUUCAAACAUCAGCUAGAGAGAAACAGUUAAAUCAAGCUACGACAGUAAAAUAUUUAAAUGGUUUAUUAGAUUAUUCAUUACGUAAUGAUAUUUGUGACUGGUAUUUUGGUAAUAGUAUACUAUCAAUAUGUAGAAACAUACUAACAUUUCAAGAUACAAGUACUGUAUUUUCAGAAUUAGGAGAGUUACUAUAUGAUAUAAUGGUAUAUUGUAAUGAUACAGAUAUUAAAGAUAAAGGAAGGUUCUAUUAUGCUUUAUUAACAAAUGCUGCUGAUAAAAAGAUUCACAGUGUAUUAAGUGAUAUGGUACCAAGUGGUAAAGUUACAGGACAAAAUUUCUCCUCAUUAUUACCAGGAUCUAUGACUGAUAAAGAUAAAGCAAAAAUCAUUCCAGUAGAAGAAUCAUUAUUUGUAUGGGAAAGAGAAGAAAUAAAUCCAGUAUUCUUAAUGAAAGAUGAAAACAUGUCCAUAAAAUCUACCUCAAUAGAAGAAUAUAAGAAUAUGUUGGAGAAUAUGGAGAUCUCUCUUCAAGCAAGAUAUAAACUUAUAUUGAAAGAUGAGAGUAACUAUGAUACUAUACAUGCUGUUUCUGUUGUUUUAGAUAAUAAUCACUAUUAUAAACCUGUUAGCAAUAAUCAUUUAAAUAUGAUGAAAAAAUCAGAUAUCUACCAUGUCACUCUGACCUACCAGCCUAUAGAACCAUACCCUGCUGAUUUCAAUGCCAGGGUCAUGUUUGCAGUAGAAAAUAAAACAUAUUCUUCUGAAUUACCUGACUGCCAGAUCACCUUUAAAGAUUUUCUUUUACCAUUUCCCUGGGACUCAUUCCAAAUACUACAGGAUUCCCAGUUUCUCUUCUGGUCCAAUUUGUGGAAGCAUUUUACAGACUCUACUGAUUAUCCUGUUAAAGGUGUAGAAUCACAUAAAAUCUCCAGCUGUUCCUUAGAUAAAUUAUUAACUUUGUGGAAAUCUUAUCAGAUACAUGGAGAAAAAGAAAAUGAGUAUCCGUAUUUACUACUGCUACCACCAAGUUACCAUGUAUUAUUCAAUGUGAAAGUUAAAAAAGAGAAUUUAGUCAUAGCCAUAGCAACAGAUCAUUGGAAAUUAUUACCCCAUAUCAAUAACUAUUUAAAUUCAUUGAGUACUCUUAAAUAG